AUGGAUAUGUUGCCCAGAAGGUGCCUUCUCCACUUGUCUGUCCUGAGCGCUUUGUUGGUUGUGGGGGUAACAAAAGGACCCAGAGGCCAGGACUGGCUUGGUGUCUCAAGACAGCUCCAAACUAAAGCAUGGAACAAGCAGCUGUAUCCAGAAUGGGCAGGACUCCAGGGCCCUGACUGCUGGAGAGGUGGCCAGGUGACCCCAAAGGUCAGUAAUGAUGGGCCUACACUCCUUGGAGCAAAUGCCUCCUUCUCCAUUGUCCUGCACUUCCCUGAAAGCCAAAAGGUGCUGCCAAAUGGUCAGGUUGUCUGGGCCAACAAUACUGUCAUCAAUGGGAGCCAGAUGUGGGGAGGACAACCAGUAUAUCCCCAGGAGCCUGAUGAUGCUUGUAUCUUUCCUGAUGGUGGACCCUGCCCAUCUGGUCCUAGGUCCCAAAGAAGAUGCUUUGUUUAUGUCUGGAAGACUUGGGGUCAGUACUGGCAAGUUCUCGGGGGCCCAGUGUCAAGGCUGAGCAUUGAGACAGGACAGGCAGUGCCAGGCACACACACCAUGGAGGUGACCGUCUACCACCGCCGGGGGGCCCGGAGCUAUGUGCCCCUUGCUUACUCCAGCUCAGCCUUCACCAUUACAGACCAGGUACCUUUCUCUGUGACCGUGUCCCAGCUGCAGGCCUUGGAUGAAGGGAACAAGCACUUCCUGAGAAAUCAGCCUCUGACCUUUGCUCUUCAGCUUCAUGACCCCAGUGGCUAUUUGGCUGGGGCUGACCUCUCCUAUACCUGGGACUUUGGAGACGGUACUGGGACACUGAUCUCUCGGGCACUUGUGGUCCCUCACACUUACCUGGAGUCUGGCCUAGUUACAGCCCAGGUGGUGGUACAGGCUGCAAUUCCUCUCACUACCUGUGGCUCUUCCCCAGUUCCAGGCACCACAGAGAGGCACAUGCCAACCACAGAGGUCUCUGGCACUACAGCUGGGCAAAUGUCCACUGCAGGAGUUGGGGUUACUACACCCAAUCAGGUGCCAACUACAGAGACUUCUGGAACCACAGCUCUGCAGGUGCCAACCACAGAGGUCAUAAAUACUGCCUCUGUGCAGGUGCCAACCGCAGAGGGCACAGGUCCUACACCUGAGCAGGCACCAACCUCAGAGGUUAUAGGCACCACACUUGCAGAGAUGUCAACCACAGAAGCUCUUGGCACGACACAGACAAGGGUGUCAACUGGCGAGCCCUCUGGAACCACGGUUGCACAGGCAGUAGUUACACAGUCAGUAGAGACCACAGCUGGAGAAUUACCCACUGCGGAGCCUGAGGAUCCAGAUGCCAGCCUAUCUGUGCCUACAGAAGGCAUUUCUGGUAAGAGGGGCAAGUUCACCAGCCCCCUGCUGAAUGGUACAGGCACCCUAACGCUGGUGAAGAGACAAGUUCCGCUGAACUGUGUUCUGUAUCGAUAUGGUUCCUUUUCCCUCAGCCUGGACAUUAUCCAGGGUAUUGAGAAUGCAGAGAUCUUGCAGGCUGUGCCAUCCAGCGAGGGUGAUGCAUUUGAGCUGACUGUGGCCUGCCAAGGCGGGCUGCCUGAGGAAGCCUGUAUGGACAUUUCAUCACCUGGGUGCCAGCCUCCUACCCAGCGCCUGUGCCAACCUGUGCCACCAAGCCCAGCCUGCCAGCUGGUUCUGCACCAGGUAUUAAAGGGUGGCUCAGGGACCUACUGCCUCAAUGUGUCUUUGGCUGAUGCCAACAGCCUGGCAGUUGCCAGCACCCAGCUUGUCAUACCUGCAAUGUCUGGGCUUCUGCUCACAGGUCAAGAAGCAGGCCUUGGCCAGGCUCCCUUACUUGUGGGCAUCUUGCUGGUGGUGGUUGCCAUGGCACUUGUAUCUCUGAUAUACAGGCGCAGAUUGAUGAAGCAGGGCUCAGCCCUCCCCAUCUCCCAGAUGCCACUUGGUAGCACCGCGUGGCUGCGGCUGCCCCAGAUCUUUCGCACUUGCCCCACUGGGGAGAACAGUCCACUCCUCAGUAGGCCACAGGUCUGA